UUCAUGGCUCACAUUAUCCUCAUCCAAAUAUAUCCAACCAAUGUAGACCAAAGAAAUCCAAACCCCUCAAAAAAUAUGAACCAAUCGAGAAACACAGAAAGAUUUAGAAAAAAAAAAAAACAUGUUUGAUGCCUGAAUUCAUCUCUCUCAUAUCCUACCACAUCUGAUCUGUUGUUCUCUCUCUGUCAUGGAAACCAUUCUCUCUCCUCACUCUUUCUGUCCUCUCUUCAAUCCCAAAACUUCAUCUUCAAGGGCCCUUCUCUCUCCUUCCCUCCAACCCAGAUCAAAUUCACUUCCUCUGACCAAACCCAUUUGUUCUACCCAAAAUCAGAAACAAGUUUUUUCAACACCCACUAGUUGGGUUUCUCAUGUCCACCAUGGAUUAGCAGCUCUAGCCAUCUCUCUGGCACUUAACUUUUGCCCAUUAUUGCCUAGUGGUUCUGCGCUAGCAUCUGAAUUCGAUGUACUAAACGGUGGUCCACCUCAAGAAUCGUAUGUGGUUGAUGAUGCGGGUGUGCUCAGUAGAGUGACAAAGUCUGAUUUGAAGCGGUUGUUAAGAGAUUUGGAGUCAAGAAAGAACUUCCACAUAGAUUUCAUCACUGUUCGCAAGCUUACUAGCAAAGCAGAUGCUUUUGAGUAUGCCGAUCAAGUUUUGGAGCGAUGGUAUCCCACAGUUGAAGAAGGCAGCAAUAAGGGCAUAGUUGUGCUUGUUACCAGUCAAAAAGAAGGGGCAGUCACAGGUGGACCCGCAUUUGUCAAGGCUGUUGGUGAUAGUAUUCUUGAUGCCACCGUAUCAGAAAACCUUCCUGUCUUGGCUACAGAGGAAAAGUACAAUGAAGCAGUUUUUAGCAGUGCUAAAAGGCUAGUUGCUGCCAUUGAUGAGCUUCCUGAUCCUGGUGGGCCUCUGUUAAAGGACAACAAACGGGAAUCCAACUUCAAAACCAGGGAGGAGACGGAAGAGAAACGAGGACAGUUUACCCUUGUGGUUGGAGGUCUUUUAGUGAUAGCUUUCGUUGUUCCUAUGGCGCAAUACUAUGCGUAUGUCUCUAGGAAGUGAGUUACAACCAUAUUUUUUAAAGUUUCAGGAUUAUUUUUCUUGAACUGUAAGUAAGGUGCAUAAACUGUUCUAAUACAUGGUCAUGUGGAACAAUUGGUCCACAAAAAACAAGCAAGUAGAGGAUAAAUAUCGAAUUUUUUAUGUAUGUAGCCCGUGUGAGCGUAUCCCUUAAUCUCUUAUGAUCUCUCUUCACUUUAACCAUUUAAUGAUUAACUUGUAUUAUAGCCACAUAACAUAUGUUGAGUGGUGGUUUGAACA